AUGAGCGCACAAGUGCCUGAACAGACUGGGACUGAGAAGGCUGCUGGGACAGCCACUGGACCACACAGGAAGUGGCCAGUUGAGGACAGACAUGUCAACCGGGACAACCUGCGACGGCUGUGGAAAGAGUGUCAGGAGGAAAGCUUCUGGUACCGAGCGCUUCCUCUUUCUGUUGGGAGCAUGGCAGUUACAGGCGGUCUCAUUUACAAUGGUGUUUGGAAGGCAUCAAAAAGGUUUGGACCCUUCCCUAAACUAGCAUUGGCUGGUAUCCUUGGGUAUGCGGUCGGGAAAGCCUCCUAUAUCACAACAUGCAGAGAGAAGUUCCACAACGUGGGGCUAGAGUUUGGACCAGGCUCAGGGUUUGGCCCAGGGUUUUGGGGUCCACACCCAGGGCACAGACACUGCCACCAUGUGUGUGAAGAGUGUAAGAAGACAGAAGCACAGGCAGCAUCUGCACCGCCAACACAAAACUGA